UAUCUUCUAAUACAAGAUUCUGAUUACUCCAAUGAAGAAAAUAGGUUAUCUACCAGAUCUCCCUUUAAAUUUUACUUUGUUAGUCUUGUUCAUUGGAUGAAUAAAUCAGAUCAGUAGUGGUUCUUUUCUAACCAUCUCUGUCACCUUGGACCCUUUGAGCUUUUAGGUUAUGUCAAUGUUUUGAAAAGGUCAUGCAGUUGAAAAAUGUUGAAAUUAAAAAAUUCUCUAUCAUUUAUCCGCCUGCCCGUGGGCAGAGAAUGUGCAUGCAAGUAUUCAUCCUCAAACAAACUUGAAAUAACCUUUGAUAAGCCACCAGCGAAUGCGCUUCAGAGCAGGGAAGGACCACACACACAAGUUGCGGAAGAAAAAUACGAACCGAAUAAAGUCGCUACAGAAGAGCUGAGAUGGAGGACACCUUGGCAUCAGAAAGAGGGGCAAUAUCACAGCUUUCUCAGGGUGUUUUACACAGAGAAGAACAGAAGAAGCACAUUGCAGCGAUUGCAGACUCAGAUAGACCUUUCUCCUAGCGCAAUAAAAAAAUGGUGGGCCAAAAAAAAGGAAGAAAGCGAGAUUGUACAACAAGCGUACCUUCCCGAGAGAAAUCAGAUAUUGGGGAACGAAUUGGCAGCUGCACAUUUCAUAGUGGCAAGAGGAGGAGCUGUCAAAUUUUUCAACCAUGACGAGUGGGUCAAAGCAGAUGAAAGGGGCAAAUAUGACCUUCCAAGGUUUUAUGAAGAGGGCUGGGAGCUGCAAGCUAUUGAUUGUGCAGACAUGCCUUUAUACUAUGAGGGACUUGUAAAUCUAUACGACCUGAGAAAUGUCGAGUGGUUGAGUCUAAACGGCUGCGAGAAUAUGGAUGACUGGUGUGUGGAUAGAAUAACGAAUCAGUUCAGUCAUAGUUUGAUUUACUUGGAUCUGAGGAAUUGUCCAAACAUUAGUGCAAGAGGGAUAGGCUGUUUGUAUAAGCUUCAGAAGUUGAAGAUUUUGUAUUUGGAUGAUUUUAUGAAAUCGACUGUGUAUGAGUACACAUGUUUGUUAUUGGAGGAGAUUAUGCCAAACUUAGAGAUUAGGAGCAAUCCAGUGACAUUUGAGAUCAAAUGAGUGUAUCAGUAUUCUUUAUUAAAAUGAUCAUACUUGAAGGAAUGCGUGUUAUUUUUAAAAUGCUUGCCAACAACAGAAG